CGAUUUAUUUACGGAGAAAAGUUUAGAAUUUGUUACAGAUUUCCUUUCUUUUACUCCUCUUUCCACUCUUCCUUUUCGAAAGGAAAGUAGCGUUACAAUUAAAUAGUUAUUGUGUAUAGGACAUUUUUCUUUCUAUAUUUCUAUUCAUGUGAUCCAUAUAAUUACUUUAUACCACUAGUAUUUUUACAUAUGAAAUUUAUUUACACUCGAUGUUUACGCCAAAUUGGUGAAUACAUGAUAUAUUUCUUCUUCGUAAAAGGCACUUAACUGCAAUUAAUUAAUGUGUAUUACUAUUUCAAUUUUACCAUGAUAAAUUAAUAUAGUUUCAUGUGAAUGUUGGUUGUGGUGGGGUAAAGUAUUUUCGUAUCUUGACUCAUCCAUUCAGUCAAAUAAAAUGCAUUAGAUUAAUUUAGGAGAAGCUAUUUCUAAUAUUCCAAGUGUCGUUGAAAAAGUCUCUGAUAAAGUAGAAUAUUCCUAAUAAAUGUCAAAUGGAUCAUUCUAUGCGUAUUUUACCUAAACAAGGCAUUAACAAGUUGAAUAUGUAAAAGUCGUGCCCAAAAUUUGGUAACGUGAGAAGGCAAGUUUUCUAAUCAAACUCACAACUUCAUUCAUCAUACGUUAAAAAGUACACAUGACAGUUAUUCCAGUUAGCAACAACUUUUUUGCAAACUUGCUACUUUCGUCUUUCUCUCUUCAAAGAAACGCAAGUCUUUCGCAUAUCAAAACUAACCUAAGAAAAAAAACUAAGCCCUAAAUUUGCUCAUUUUGUUGUGUAAUACGCAGAGCUUGCUUGCAAAUUUUUGUUGCUUCCACAUUAUACUAAGGAAGCCCUAAUCUAAUCUGUCCUGAGGUAUUUUCAAUAGCUCUGUUUUGUUUCCUUCAUAUUUUCUUAUUUGUUUUGUGUUCAAGCAAAAACAAAGCCAAGAUUUUUUGGCAAUUCAAGUUUUACUAUAUGGUGGAAGAAGGUAAUUUGGUGCAACAAGAGAUGGAAAGUAAGAAAAAAAAAAUUGAAGUUAAGGGAAAGAUGGAGCUAAAGAGUACUGUAAAUGAAUUUGGAGAUGGGGUUUCAUGGUACAGAGGAGCAAUGCUAGGGAAAGGAAGUUUUGGGUAUGUUUAUUUGACAAAUUUGAAGAACCCCAAGUCGAAAAAUCGAUACUUGCCAUCAGUUAUGGCUGUGAAAUCUGCUGAAGUUUCAGUUUCAGGUUCAAUUCAGAAGGAAAGGGAAGUUCUCAACAACAUCAAGGGUUGUCCUUAUAUAAUUCGCUGUUUUGGUGAUGAAACUACAACUGGUAAGAAUGGUAUGAUGACUUAUAACUUAUUGCUCGAGUAUGGUUCUGGUGGAAACCUAGCUGAUAGGAUCAAGAAUUUAGGGAACAAAGGGUUGCCUGAAUUUGAGGUAAGGUCUUAUACUAGGUCUAUGCUUAGAGGGUUGCAUCAUAUUCACGCGAUUGGUUAUGUUCAUUGUGAUAUGAAACCUGAAAAUAUCCUGCUUGUGUCGAAUUCUAGCAAGGGAAGUAGUACUGAAUUUAGGGCGAAAAUUGGUGAUUUGGGAUUGGCUAAGAGAGAAAAUCAAAGUAAAAAGAGGAGAUUGGAGCCUUAUUGGAGAGGUACUCCGAUGUACUUGUCACCCGAAGCUGUAACUGAUAAUGUACAAGAGUCUCCUGCUGAUAUAUGGGCUUUAGGGUAUAUUGUGCUUGAGAUGUUAACUGGAAAACCUCCGUGGGAUCGGAAGGAAGAUAUGGUUGCCGAGGAUGUACUAAGAAAUAUUGGGGAAGGGCAUGAAUUGCCUGAAAUUCCUGGGGAUUUGUCUAAGGAAGCGAAAAAUUUCCUGAAGGGUUGUUUCGUGAGGAACCCGAGGUAUAGAUUGACAGCUGAAAUGCUGUUAAUACAUCCAUUUGUUGAGGGUUUAAAUGAUGAUGAUGGAGUUGAAGAACUAGAGGAGGUUGAAGAUAUAAACGAAGUUGAUUCUAUGCAAUUGGUUACUGACACUGACGAUGAAUUUUGCUAUUCUCAAGAAGAUUGGAGCUGCAUAUCUGAAGAGGAUGACUCCCUUGGUUACUGGUCGGAAGAUGACACAGAGAUUCCGGAGGAUGAAAUGACCUCUUCUAUUUCUGAAGAAGAGAUAUUAAAAGUAGAAGAAAGGAUGAGCAUUAGAAGCUCUAGCAUUGAUAGUGGUUUUAAUAGUAUGAUUGAUACAUCAAUGUGGGUAUCUUCACGGAAUCUAUCAACAAAUUCGUCGAAAUGUCCAUUAAAAUUUACAAUUCCUGCAGGUGUCUAGCAUUAGGUGGUAGGGUGGAAAUGUGAUUCAUUUAUUCCUUAUUUGUCUACACUCUCUGUAGAUCCUAUGCAAGUCAAAUUGACUGAAGUUUAGUAAUAUGUUAUUAUUCUUAUACU